AUGGAUAGCAACGGGCUGUUUCCCUUCAUAACAACCGUAAGUGCGAAAUUACAUUAUGUUGAAUUAUAUUCUCCAUUAACUAUGGAUACUCAAGACCGAUCUUCCGUGACGCCAAGCGCUAGUAACAUGAAGCCCAUCGAGUGGGAUGAAGGUCUCGCCACAGCUGCCCAGCAAUUAGCCGAUAGCUGCAAAUUCGAGCAUAAUCGUGCCGGGCAAAACUUAUAUGAGGGCAGUGAUCCAGCGGAUCUUGUGAAACAGGCAAUAGAUGCGUGGCAUAAUGAACAUAAAGACUAUAAUUACGAUAGCAAUACAUGCGGGCCCAAUGCGAUCUGUGGACAUUACACUCAAGUUGUUUGGGCGGAUUCUUCCAAAGUCGGUAUGGCUGUAUCCUCGAGGAAGUGUGAAAGUGGCAUGUAUAUUGUAGUUGCCAACUAUGAUCCUGUUGGCAACUAUGCUGGGGAAAAGCCUUACAAGCAGCAGUGA